CCGGAGCUUCGUCCCUUCGUGCCGCCCCGAUGAGUCGCCGCCGCCUUUCCCUCUUCGGCCUCCCUUAUGACAUCCCCACCCUCUGGCAAUCUGCUAACGCCCCCCCUCUCUCCUACUGUAUCAAGCCAAUCAGCGUGCCAAUACUGGACGAGGAGAAGUGGGACGACUGGUGGGAGGUGUACGCAGAGCUCGCUUUUUGCCUGCUGGAAGUCGAGUUCCGUUGGUCUGAGCCAGCACCGUACGGAGAAGGACCUGAACUCCCAGACGACGAGGUGGAACUGCUGAUCGUGCAAGCUUGGAGCACGGCCACGGAAGGAGACCUGUUGGAGAUACUGUUCGGAAAGGUGGAGGACAGGAAUCUCGCCCUGAUUACGAGCGAGUUGCUGGUGUUCCUGACACAGCUAGUGGACGACCUGCCUCUGGACAUCUUACCGCGGUGUGACAAUCAGCCUGGCACCCACGUGCUUUCCAGGACGCUCGAGCCGCGCCUGCUGUGGUCCACGUGUACUGAGCUGGACGACGACAACUGUGCUUAUCCGUCCCAGGCUCUUUUUCUUGAGAUCGACGUCACCGAUCUCACGUUGUGGGACUUCAUCAUCCAGCGAGGAAACACGCAGCAAGAAGAAGAGGAGGACAACGACGACGAAGAAGAAGAAUCGAGCGGGGAUAGCGACGAUUUCGAUUACGUUCAGGAGGAAGAAGAAGACGACAAAGAAGAGACGCCAACAGAGGAAAAAGGUGUAGCGGGCGAGUCGAGUUAGCAGCCCAGGGAAAACAAGGAGGAGGAGGAGGCAGAAGCACGGAAGCGGUUGGAAAAGG